ACGGACACAGCCUCACACCGGGGUCAGGCAGGCAGCACCGGCCAUAAACCAGAGCCGCCGGUACCGAGCUGUAAUCACGGAUACGCAAUGGCCGUAGCUGGUCCCUGACGCAGCCCUGACGGCACCUGCCUCCCCGCACGCCCGUCUCCUCCACCCGUCACAAUGGCCUUAGUGACUCUCCAGCGAUCCCCGACGCCCAGCGCCACCUCCUCCGCCAGCACCAGCGAGGAGUUUGGCAAUGAUGAAGAGCGUAAGGCAAACCUAAGCUUGAGUGACAGUUUUUUCAUGGUGAAAGGAGCUGCCAUCUUCCUGCAGCAAGGAAAUAGCUUCCAAGGACAAAGGAGUCUGCUUCACUUGCACAAGAAUGCUGGUGAUCUGCCUCAGCACCUUCAGCUUAUGAUCAAUCUUCUUCGCUCUGAAGAUCGUAUUAAACUGGCUGUCCGACUAGAGAGCAGCUGGUCAGACCGUGUACGUUACAUGGUGGUGGUCUACAGUAAUGGACGUCAGGACACAGAAGAGAAUAUUCUACUUGGGGUAGAUUUCACCAAUAAAGAAAGUAAAAGUUGCACUAUUGGUAUGGUUCUGCACUUGUGGAGCGACACCACCAUACGUUUGGAUGGGGAUGGGGGGUUUAGUGUUAACACUGCUGGAAGAACUCAUGUGUUCAAACCAGUGUCAGUCCAGGCCAUGUGGUCAGCACUUCAGAUGCUCCACAAGGCCUGCGAGGUUGCCCGGCGGUACAAUUACUUUCCUGGAGGACUUGCACUUGUGUGGGCCUCAUACUAUGAGAGCUGCAUUAGCUCUGAGCAAAGCUGCAUCAAUGAGUGGAACACCAUGCAGGACCUGGAGUCCACACGGCCAGAUUCCCCCAUCCUCUUCAUGGAGAAACCUAAUGAAGGUGAAAACACUGAAUGGGUCAUUAAAACAACACUGAGGGGCAUCAUGAUGAGCCAAGACUUGGAGAAUGUGACCUGCAAAGAGAUUCGGAAUGAGCUGGAGAAGAAGUUAAGCUGCAAUUUAAAGGAAUACAAGGAAUACAUAGACAAUGAAAUGUUGCUAAUUCUGGGCCAGAUGGAUAAAGCCUCUCUUAUCUUUGACUAUCUUUACCUGGGCUCUGAGUGGAAUGCAUCAAACUUGGAAGAGUUGAAUAACGUGGGAGUUGGCUACAUACUGAAUGUCACCAGGGAAAUAGACAACUUUUUUCCAGGCCUCUUUGCCUAUCACAAUAUCAGAGUAUAUGAUGAAGAGUCCACUGACUUAUUGUCACACUGGAAUGAUGCCUAUAACUUUAUUAACAAAGCAAAAAAAAAUCACUCCAAGUGUCUGGUGCACUGCAAAAUGGGAGUCAGUCGCUCAGCUUCUACAGUAAUAGCUUAUGCAAUGAAAGAGUAUGGCUGGUCCAUGGAGAAAGCGUAUAAUUAUGUAAAACAGAAGCGAAAUGUAGCAAGACCAAAUGCUGGUUUCAUGCGUCAACUCUCAGAGUAUGAAGGAAUCCUUGAUGCCAGCAAUCAACGACACAAUAAACUAUGGAAGCAACACAGAGAACAAGCAGAAUUUGAGUCCAUGUUUCCAUCUGCCUAUCAGCCGCCUAACAUGGAAUCUGACCUUCAAUACAAAAUAAAUGAGGAAGAUGUGGAUGAUCAAGUUUUGCCUGAAAGUAAAUGUUUUGGGAAUCUUCCAGAGCCUCAUGGCUUAAUUGAGCCAACUAUGAUGUUGGAAGUCCAAGACCUGGAGAGAGAUGCCUUAUUAGUAGACCCUCCUUUUCCAGAACCAUUCUGCACAUUGACAACCAAAGAGAAAACGUGUAUGAAGGCAGGAAGAGAUUUAGAUAUUCGAAUGCGGGAAGUAAGAAAAAAGUUGGACUUUGAAAAGACUUUAGGUCCAAAGUACCUUGAAGAUGAUCUAAGCUCUGUAGAAACAUCUGCACCCAUGAUGUGUUACAGGGAGGAUCACCGUGUUAGCAAGGAAUUUUUGAACAAUAGCAGCAGUAAGAGAAGCUGUCCAAAAGACAGUGAGGAAGAUGCCAUAUUUGGAAUCCUGAGCAAGGUCAAGCCACCAUAUCCAUCAUGUACAGACUGUAUAUAUUCUGAGACGCAGGAGGAAUGCCAAGAUCUGGAUACAGCUGGCAUACCUGAAGCCCCCACUGUAUGCACACAGCCAGCACUGUUACAGCACAUGACUUCAGCAGUUUUGGAUAGGAUGCAUGGACACAAACUGGUUAAACCAACACCACUACAAACCGAUUUGAGCACUUUUGCUUCAACCCCUUCUAAAGCCAAUGAUGUGAAUUACAGUGAUUCAAUCAACCUGCAUGAAACAAAAGAUGAAGAAUUCUGUGACGACUCGAAAAGAAAUUUAAAACAAGGUAAAGAUCUGAAAUAUUUGUUUUUCAGCAGGGACUUGGAAAAACCUGCCACGCAUAGCUACUUGAUGCAACACCAAGAAUCGAUUAUGCAGCUUCAGAAGGCUGGUUUGGUUAGAAAGCAUACCAAAGAACUGGAACGUCUCAAGAGUGAAGGCUCUUCUGUGCUUAAAGAGAGUCCUAUAGAAAAGACAGAGAGCUGUAAACUCGACCAUACACAGCAACCUUCUGAUCAGUCUAUUGAAGAACAAACAGGUAGCACAGAAAAAGUAGAAUUGGUCGACAUAUUGGAUGGCGUGUUUCAGAAGACAUCUACCCCAUCCUACUGCAAAGCUGAUUUGAUCAGUAGUUAUACAAAAGACUUUCUGAAGACUAUCUGCUACACUCCAGCGUCAUCUUCAAUGAGCUCUAAUCUCACCCGCAGUUCAAGCAGUGACAGCAUCCACAGCAUUCGUGGCAAGCCUGGCCUUGUCAAACAGAGGACUCAAGAAAUCGAAACUCGCAUGCGUCUAGCCGGUCUUACUCUUUCUUCACCUCUCAAGAGAUCCCACUCACUAGCCAAACUGGGAAGUCUCAAUUUUUCCACCGAUGAUUUAUCAGGUGAUCCUGACACUUUUCAAAUCUCUGAGUUCAAGAGCCCAAGGCUAAGAGACAAUUUCAUCUGCACUGACACUCCAUCCUCCACCUCAACAAUGGAAAACCCAUCAGGUCUCACGGGGUCUAAUAAUUCAUCAAUGACUGAGACCGAACCAAGAUGACUUUUUACCAAAUGUUACUUUUAAUUUAUGUCUGAUGUAAACGUAAUGGGCAGAUAUGUUUGAGACCAAUAUUAUGUUGCUUUUAUACCCAUUGCUAAUUUUCUUGACUAACUGUGCACAUAAUAUUAUUGUGUUCUUUACUAAUGUUUUUUUUUUUUUUUUCUUAAUUUUUGUAUUGUGGAUUUAUUUCUAUUUUAUUGUUAUUGCCAAUCAAGGUACUGUUUUUGUAUUUAAGUUGCUUUUGGACUGGGUACCACGACAUUGUUACAAUUUGUAGACAAAGAAUAACUAAUAUAUGUAUAAAGGAAUGCUGCACUUCA